AUGUAUGAAGCCGAGGCUGCUCCUGGCCCUUCAGGGCUCACAAGGAACAGAGCCAUGAAUCUACACACUGAAGCUGCAGCUGAAUUAACCAGAAGUAGUCCUGAUUUACUUACUCAUUUGUUUCAGGUUGGUUACAGAAUUGCACCUAUGAAUCAUGCAAUCAGCACUGGCAUUUACUGUGUUGGAAGCGGCUAUGGAGCUCAUUUGCUGGAAAAAGUGCUCAACAUAUGCCCCUACAGACUGUUCGUUGAUCAUUGCUUGAAGUGGAUGAACUUGUGCCAGCAGAUAGGACCAAUCUCUUCCAGCCCUGAUGAAGUAUACAGUGUCCUCAAAAUGUUAAUAAAUCGGUGCUCUGAAUUUCCUGAAACUAUAACAAUUCUUCGAAAGGAGUAUCUCAAAAUAUUUCACCAUGUUAUGACAGCCAAAUACAAUAUGGAAUACAUUUUACAGGCCUCUGCAAUUACUGUGGGCUGUGUGGAGAGUUUACUCAGGAGCUAUCCACUAUAUCCAAGUGUUCUUCACAGAGAUCUCGAGUUGGAAACUAUUCUCAAUUUUCUAAUUGCUUGUUUGGAUGAAAAUGAAGCAUUGAUGGAGAAUGUUAAUGAGUGUUUGGCUCACUUGGCAAAACUUGAAGAAAUUUCUACAGAAAAAGUGACAUUUUGGGAAACAUUUUCCUUCGAGGACUGUCUGAUUGGAAUGGUACCUGCAGAAGAGCAACUUAGUAUAUUACCUAAAUUCACUAUCAGGGUGACAGAGGAAGACGUAAUGACCAAACCUUUUGAGUCCUUGCUAGAAGUUGCUACAGUUCUCAUUGAUUCUUCUAAGCAGAAAAAAUGGCCAACGGCACAGAAUUGGGCUAAACUGUUGGCAGUCCUAACCCACGAAAUUCUGUUAAUCGCUGAAAAGCUGGAAAACCCGGAAAAUAUUUUGCAGCGCAUACUGCGGGCACAUUUGUUACCACAAAUUCAUGUGGCAUUACUGAGCCUUUUAACUUCUUUCCUUACUUGUUUUAAUGGGGUUUUAGGGAAAUUCGAGGUAUUAUUAUACUAUGUUACUCUGAAUACCUUGAAGUGGUCUAGAGACUUUGACGCAUCUGGACUAAAAUUUCCUUUCAGAUGUCUUCGUGCAUCGGCUCAUGAACUUCUCCAGAAAUUGAUAUCGAAAACCAAGAGGUUAACAGAUUAUGGAACUGUGGAUUCAGAUAUAAUUGCUGAGAUACAACAUGAUUUGUGGAGAAAGAAGAAAUCUGUUAAUCUUCCUGGAGAAUGUGAAAGCAAUGCCGUGCAAGUGUCAUCUUUAAAAUUGGAUGAUCUGGAUAUUGAGGAGAAGCUAUUUAUAAAGGCUUUGCAAACACUACAGUCAGUGAUUACAUCUCUACCCUCUUUGGAGUUCUCUGUCUAUAUGAUGGUGAUACAAAUGGUGAGAUCUCUCUUAAAGAAUGUUCCAAAGGCAUGUGAACACAAGGCAAUUCCAACAUCUUACAAUUUUGCUAACUGGAGGGAGAAAAUUUUCCAACUUGUUCUUGCUUUGCAUGAAAAUCCUCGUGAAUGUGUAAAUGUGCAACAAGAGUUUCCUCUAGAUAAAGUCACACUUUCACUCUUUGGAUACAAUCCCUGCAAACUCAAUUUUGAGGUAUUACCCUCCCCUGAACCAACGACUCCUGAUUCUCUGGAUGAAAUUAAUUUAUUUGAAAGUCGUACUUCACUUAAUAAGAAGCAUAAAACGUCACAGGAUUAUUCGUACUUGCAAUCUGCUACUACAUCUAAUAAUGACAUCAAUAUCCAUAUUCCUGAUGAUGAAAUUAGUUCAAGUAAAUUGAACGCUGAUAAGAAGGACGUAAAGAACGAGAAACAAAAGAUUAUGGAAAAUGGAAACAGAAAGAUAAAGGGAAAAAUUGUAGGGAGAUAUAGUGAUUAUGAAGCAACCGUUGAAAAUCAGCAGGAGAAUCAAAAUAAGAGUUGCAAGGAUGAACAGGAUUUAAGUCCUAAUGAUUCUGAGGAAGCAACAGUAUCUAAAAAACCCAAGAAAACUGUACAUUUUGAAUUAGAAUCAUUGUCAAAGCCAAAAAUCCAUACACUCAACAAGAAAACCAAAAAUAAAGCAAAACCUUUAUUUGCAUCUUCAGAUGUUCAGUUCCAGACACACAAAUAUGAAUUACGACCUUUAUCAAUUAAGAGAAUGCUAUGCAGUCGCUAUAACUUCCCAAGUGCAGAAAGUACUUAAACUGAUUCUGAAAAAAAAUCGAAUGUGAAAAUUUCAUAAACUAAAUAUUUUUUU